AUGGUCAAACGCAAAUUGGCCGCUCUUGAAAAGGUUGAGGCAGACCUGCCCAAUCUUCAGAACAAGAUCAAGCGUGAUCCUGCCUCGUACGAGAACGAUUUCCUCCACCAGUACAUGCAAUAUGAGAACCAACGCAUCAUUUUUGUUCAGUCACCUAGUGCAGCGACCGAUAGCGGCCUCGUAUCAUUCCGAGAGCUCAUUGAGUUUGUGGCGCAUGUGUCUGAUUGCUACAAAGAACAUACUAAAGACUUCUCGUCACACUUGAUUGAGCUCUUGUCACUCUAUCACGCACAACUCGAGUCUCAAUUGCGAGAGAAGAUCGUUGGUAGUCUGAUGCUGCUGCGUAAGAAAGAGAUCAUCACUUCCAUAACGCUGCUUCAGUGUCUUUUCCCGAUUCUUACUACAACGCCGAGCAAGACAUUUCGGGCGUUAUUGUUCCAGAAGAUCUUGAGCGACUUGCGCUCAGCAAAUACUCCAACGAUUAACCACCGGCUGAACCGCACUCUCCAGACUGAUCUGCACAACCUUGUCACUUCCGAUAAAUCUUCGCCGAAAGCCUUAUGGGCGGUCAAGAUCACAAGAGAGAUGUGGAAACGGCAACUAUGGACGGAUGCCAAAGCAGUUGAGAUCAUGAAGGAAUGCGCGCUUGCCGAAGAAGAGAAAGUCAUUGUUGGCGGUGUGCGAUUCUUUCUGGGAGGCGACAAAGAACGUGAAGAGCUCGAGGAUGAGAGCUCGGAUGAAGAGCGAAUCGACAUGGGCAAGCUCAAGCACCAGAUCGGCGUUAACAAGAAGAGCAAGAAGGCGGGGCGGAAACUUGAGAAGGCAGCCGCGAUCGUGAAGCGGAAAGAGAAGAAAAAGAAUCAACCGCAUAUGCUCAACUUUUCGGCGCUACACCUGUUGCACGACCCUCAGUCCUUUGCAGAAGAUCUUUUUUCCAGGCACCUGCAAAACACACGCUCGAAGCUCAACCUGGAACAGAAGCUGCAGGUCUUACAAUUGGUUUCCAGGCUGAUCGGUCUGCACAAGUUGACUGUCAUCAGCUUCUACUCGUACUUUUUGAAAUAUCUCACGCCUCGACAGCCUUCUGUUACCUCCUUCCUGGCUUCCUUGGCCCAGGCAACGCACAACUUAGUACCUCCGGAUGUCCUCGAGCCCCUGUUGCAAAAGAUCGCCAACGAAUUCAUUUCCGAGGCGGCGGCCGGAGAAGUAGCUGCGGCUGGCCUGAACGCCAUUCGAGAAAUUUGUGUACGCCAGCCACUGGCGAUGAAUGAAACCCUGCUUCAAGACCUGGUUAUGUACCGCAAGAGCAAAGACAAGGGCGUUAUGAUGGCCGCCAAAGGCCUGAUGGGACUUUACAGGCAGGUCGGAGCUGAGAUGCUGAAAAAACGGGACCGUGGCAAAGAUGCAUCGCUGAAUCUCAAGUCCGGGGAUCAGAUCCAGCAUCGCUAUGGCGCAGAAGUAGCAGGCGAAAUCGAGGGCUUGGACUUGCUUGAGAAGUGGAAAGAGGAAGAGAGGCGAAACAAGGGUCUUGAGGAGGGCGAGGAAGAUGAUGAGGAAGAUUGGGCAGCAUGGAACAUCGAAGAAGACGACAGUGAUGACUCGGGGGGCUGGAUCAAUGUCGAAAGCGAUGACGAGAUCAACAUAUCUGAUAGUGAGGAUGAGCGAACGCCCAAGAAGCCCAAGCUGGAUGAGAACAAGGAGAAUGAGCAAGAAAAGCGCGACAAGAACAAACCAAACCUCGCGAUGACUCGUAUCCUGACGCCGGCGGAUCUGGCAAAGCUGCAAGAGCUUCGCACGACUGCAUCAGUUUCCUCGCUUAUGAAAGGACAUAAGUCUCAUCAUCAGGCUCAGCAGACGAAUGCACAGCGACAUGUUGAUGAUCCGCUCACGGCCGCCGAGAUUGAAGGUCUAGCAUCGCUGUCACAGGGCAAGGCCACGAGGGCGCAGAAGAUGGCUCUACUCCAGCAGCAAAAGGAUGAGCGAGAGGAGCACAAAUCGAAGGCAGCUCGGAAGAAGGAGCGCAAGGCGGAGCAGGGCAAGAGCACGACCAACAAGGAGAAGGCGAGGAAGAAGAACUUCAUGAUGACGCUUGGCAAGGCCAGGAAGAAAGGGAAGAUGAGCUUGGUGGAGCAGAGGAAAGUGUUGAAAGCAGGUGAGAAUCAGCAGAGGGGCAAAAAGGCACGUUGA